AUGCCAGGUGUACUUUUGGGGCAACAUCAAAGACAUCAUCAACCUGAUGAAACACAGUUGUCGUUUGUGUCUCAAGUUUGUGCAGCUGCUGAAAGGUUGUUCAGGAACAUGGAUAUACCUAGUGAAAAGGCUUUGGCACAUCGGAUAUAUGAUGCAGAGGUUAUCGAAUUAAAUUCCGAAGCAAGUUUAGUCAUCUUGUGUCCAUCAGCCGAUCAAGCUUGUUCUGCGCCUGGUCAACGCGAGUCGCCACUUCUGCGCAGAUCUGAUCUGGUCAGCCUGAGCGUCCAGGCUUUCGAAAUGAACCACCUGAAUGCCUACAGACCUGACAUUGUGAGAAGAUACUCUCGUCUGAGUUGUAUUUUAGAAUCUGACACAGUUUCCGCAAACCAGACGCACAGGGAAGCAUUUUCGCAGCAGGAAGUCAAAGACGCAAGGGAACGUUUGGCGACUUUGGCAGAACUUCAAGGGAAAUUGAAUGAACUUUGGAGAGGCGUCAGAUGGUUAAUGGAUGCCAUAGCUUUUGCGCGUGAUAGAGGCGUCAACGGUUUAAGUCCUGGUGUGCACAUUUCAUCAAUUUUGGAUAAGAAUUUAUCGCAACAGCAAGUACCCAAAUAUAAUUCAGAUGAUAUGGCAAGCGAUACAAGUUCUGCACCUACGGGUGGAAGUGGUUUGAAACGAAGUCUUUUGCAAAUUCCUCCGAGGGAAUCGAAGCAGGUUAAAAGCAGUCCUGGACGGGGAUCGUGGCCGGGACCAACUGCAACUACUGGUGUCCAGAACCAAGACGGUGACAACGAUCCCUCAACAACAAUUGUCAAGGAACAGUUCAUCACAACUGCUAUUGGCACCGCCUUCAGGAGCUGCCGGAUCAGCAGUCAGCAGCGCUGCCAGCUCAAGAAAAAACAGCGGAGAUUCAGAUCGAAGUGCCUCCAGCAUUGGCGGAUGUUUUAUUAUCCAAAUAUGCUGACUAGUACCACAUCAGCUCAUCAGUACACCCAAUCGCAUCAGCAGUCUAAAUACUUAUCAGCAGCUCAAGGAUCUCGUUUGCCUCCUUCGAGGAGUGAAGAUGCUCUGCUGUUGCUCCAUCACAAGGCGCAGCAGCAGAAUCAGUUGCAAAUGCAGCAGGCUGGUCAGGCUGGUGCAGGUUCUGGUAGUGAAGCAGGUAGAAGCAGACCAGGCACGUUGAGCAGUGGAGGUUCUGCGUCCAGUCCUUUGUUGCUGUUGACAGCAAGCACAGGUUCUAUAAGAACAGCAGAUACAAAUUCGGAUUCCUUACAUUCCCUUUCGAGUGAUUCGGAAACUUGCAGCUGUCCAGCUACGAGUAACGUCAACUUGAAAUCGGCAGGGCGUGGAUACAGACAUCAUGUUUCCACCUUAAACACAGGAGGUUCCAAAAGCCUUUGCAGCAUCACGGAUAGUCCUUCAGACACCAAACGCAACCCAGAAACCAUUUCCAGAAGCCACUUUUCCAAAAGACAACCUGAAACUAAACGACCAGCCUUGGAGCUUCUCAAAAGUCCAGGCGAUUCCAAAAAUACCAAAAUUUCCAACGAUGAUAAAUCAGCAGGAGUGACUCGUAAUGCUGCCAGUGCUGGUGGUAAGAAGUAUUUGGACUUUGGAUCGUCCAAGAGUGAAUCCGGUCCUGUUUUUGAACCAGGAUGUGGAUCAGUGAAGAGCUAUGUGAGGUCCUUGAACAGAUCCUGUGAGAAUUUGACUCGGGUCAACGAUUUGACCACUGUUCGAGGGAAUUUGGACACGGGGAGGGAAUUGAGGAGAACUAAUACCAAGUCUGUCGAUCAACAAACAGUAUUACAACAAACCAUACAGUAUUUACGGCCAACUUUAGAAGCCGAGAUGCAAACUCUUUCGUCUUCGGGGAAGGAAAAUUUUAAAAUUCAUAGGUCUGAUAAAGUGAAUCAUCUAUCAAUAGCAUCAAGUCUUCAAAAUUCACCAAAAAAACAGAACUUCUUAACGGAUUUCAACUCCUCGAGCACCACAAAAAGUGUAUCAGAACCUUGCUCGAAAGUGAGCUCACCAGAAAGAGGAAGGAGUGCUGCUUCAGCAGACGAGGAUUGUGAUAGUUCGAGUGAUAUUGAUAAGCAAAUCUUAUCCGGGAGCCCCGUGCACCCUCAACAAGGAAUCAUACAGGUCUACGCUGCCUACGACACCGGCCUGGCAACUGGUGCUUCUCUUCGGCUCCGUGUCACUAAUCGCACGAGCGCCGCAGAGGUCGUCGAGCUGGUCGUCCGCCAACUGCACGUCGCCAGCGUCCUCCGCGGCGGACGGGGCCUCCUUAACGAUAAAUUUCCCGCCACGUCCAAAACUCAUCAGCCACCGUCUGAACUGACGACGACCACUACUACAUAUCCGACGAGACCGACGUUUUUCACGAGCGAGCUGAAGACCAACAGGCCGAGUGGAAGUAAAUUUGGUGCGAGUGCAGGAGAUGGUAAGAAUUUGAAUCUGAGUGCUCUGUCGGGAGGCGUUAAGGAGAAGGCUAAGGAGUUUUGUCUGGUUGCCGUUAUCGGAGCCAGGGAGAGGAGGCUGAGAGAUGAUUUCAGGCCGUUGCAGUUGCAAGAUCCUUGGAUGAAGGGACGUCUGUACGUCCGACACAGAAAAGACACAUUGGCUGCCAUUGAACACUCCACUAGACAUAAAGAUGUUGUUUAA